AUGUCUCUGCAGGAGGUCUUGCCGCGCAUCUCUUCAGCUCAGAGUCUGCUGCAGCAGGCGCAGGAUCUGUGUGGGGGGGGCGUGUGGAGGGGGGGGGGCAAGCUGCUGGGGAGGCUGCGGGCCGAGCUGCGCUUCCUGCGGCGGGUGCAGAGUGAAGGGGGGGGGUGAAGGCGUCUCCCUGCACAGCAGCAACCUGCGCACCUGACGGCCAUCGUGGAGUCUCUGCAGAGCGUGGGGGGGGUGGUGGCCCUGCUGCACGUCUUCAGGUACACAGACUCAGCGGGGGAUCCUCGCUCGCUGCAGGUGGACGUGGUUUCGGACGGGGGGCUCACCUGGGUGAAGGCGGUGGGGAGGAAGGCUGAAGCUCUGCCAAGGCAUCUGGCAGGGGGGGGGGGUCAGUACGGAGAGAAGAGCAUCAUCAGCCAGGCCGAGGACUUCCUGUCUGCCGCCAACAGCAGGAAGUCCAGUAACAAACACCCCCACGUCGUCUUCGCCUUCUACAACGGGGUCUCCCACGCCAUGGCGCAGCAGCUCGGGGUCAUGGGGGUCAGCGUCAGGGGGGACAUUGUGGCCGUCAAUGCCAUAUGGGGGAGGAGCCAGAGGGAGAGGGGGAGGAGCCCAGAGGGGGAGGAGCCAGAGGGGGAGGAGUCGGAUGAGGACGGGGAGGAAGAGCCACCCUCCCCCAUCGUGGCUGUCAAUGCCAUGAUGGAGGAGGGGGAGGAGCAGCCAGUUGGGGAGGGGGAGGGGCAGGGGCCAAAUGAGGGGGAGGAGCCUGGUGAAGGAGAGGAGGCUGGUGAAGGGGAGGAGCCUGGUGAGGAGGAGGAGCCUGAUGAGGACCCCUCCCCCUCCAGGGUGCAGCGUGGCAGGGUUCUGGCCCGCCUCUCCUUCCCUGCUCAGCGCCUCCCUCUCUCCUGCCUCAGAGUGAACCUGGACAUCACGACUCUCAUCAGCUGCGUGUCCUCUCUGAGUCAUGGCGGCUGCUUCUUCUCCUUCAGAGAGGGUGUUUCUCAGAGCAGGGCGGCUCAGGAGCGUCUGAGCCCUGUCCUGCCGCAGCUCAGAGCCUUCAUGGAGGGGAAGCAGCUGUUCGCCUGCAGCGCUGCAGUGACAGACUUCCGGUUGAUCCUGGAGACGCUGGGGGGUCCGGGGGAGAAGCAGAGAGGGGAGCAGCUGCUGAGGAGCCUCACUCUGAUGGAGGACCAGCCGUCUCAACGCUCUCUGAAGCUCGCGCUCAGCCACAAGGUCACACAGCGCUCCGUCAGCAUCUUCGGCACCGGGGACUCGCUCAGAGCCGUUACCAUGACAGCCAACGGGCGCUUCGUCAGGGCGGCGGGCAAUCAGGGCGUCCGAUACAACGUGUUCAUGCACCAACCCAGAGCGCUGACGGAGGGCAAGGAGUGGAGGGCCACGCCCCUCUGAGCGCCAUCUUUAUGUCAUGUGAUCAUCAAUAAAGCCUCACUUCCUGC